AUGUCUCAGACAUUCACAGCGAAAGAUGUUGCCGACCACAAGGACGAGAAGAACGGCAUGUACAUAAUCGUAGAUAGCGGCGUCUAUGAUAUCACAAGUGAGGCUAUUCCCGUCCGACUCUCCUUUUCGCUACCGUCAACCGACUGGACUAACAACACUCUUCUCAUCAUAGAUUUCCUCGACGAGCACCCAGGAGGAGCAAAGAUCCUUAAGCGCAUGGCCGGUAAAAAUGCGACGAAACAGUUCUGGAAGUACCAUGGCAAGAAUGUUUUAGACAAGUACGGUGGUAAGCUGAAGGUUGGGGAGUUGACCGAGACGGCGAAAUUAUAA